AUGCUCCCCGCUUCGGCGAAUAGCCAUGGUCACGGCCACGGCCACGGCGAAUGGGCGACCAAGCCCACCACCACGCCCUACCGUUUCUGUGCCCCGACUCUUUCUGGACGCGUAUAUGGCGACGGGCGACGGGCGUAUACCAUCAGCCCUCCCAUAUAG